AUGUGGAAUGAUUCCGACUCAUCAUCGGCAAGCGAAGACGAAAAAGAGGAGAAGCGCGUGAAAGCAAAAAAAUCGGAUACUUCAGAAUCGAGUAGUGACGACGGCAAUAAGGAAGAAGAUAGUGAUUAUGAAGAGAAGGGAUCGAAGCAGAGUGAUGAAGAUGACGAUGAUAACUCUUCGCCGGCCGAUGUUUCGCAGAAUUCAAGGAAACGGAGUGCUCGUGGAAUGAUGGAUGUGAAAACGAAAAAACUUCUCGAGGAUGAAAACUUUCUACGACGCUCAAAGCGUGCCCGGAAAAAGGAUGAGUCUGAUGAGUCCGACGAAUCGGAAGAUUCGGCGUCGUCUGACGGCGAUUGGCGAGAUAGUAAACGGAGAGCACUGCGGCAGGCGGCGAAAAACAAGAAGUUGCAAGCGCAUGUGAUUCGGAGAACCACCGCUAAAAAUAAUAUUAGUUAUAAAGAGAAAAAUUCUGAUGACGACAUUGACGACGACGAUGUUCUUGAAUGGGAUGAAGGCCCAAAAGCAGAUGAAUCAACGUCUCAAAUCCAAUCAGAAGCAGUUGAAAGGGUUAUCAAAUGGAGAUAUGGGAUUCCCGGUGCAACAGGAUCCAGUACUACGUGUUACAAUAUCGCUGAUAAAGGUGAUCCAAAUGAAGCAAAUGGUGAGAAAACCGAGCAACAGUAUUUAAUCAAAUGGGUUGGAUGGAGUCAUUUGCACAACACAUGGGAAUCAGAAGCUUCAUUAGCUGCGAUGAAUGCGAAGGGCUUGAAACGUGUGCAAAAUUAUAUGAAACGACAAUCAGAAAUUGAAGAAUGGCAAAAACGGGCCGCGAUCAACGACAAGGAGUACUACGAGUUCAUUCAAUGCGAAAUCGUGAUGGCUGAAGAUCUGUGCGAAGAAUACAAGAAGGUUGAACGCAUUGUGGCUCAUCAGACGUCUCGUGAUAAGACUGCGGAUGGCAGUGAAGCGACGGAAUACUUUGUCAAAUGGUGCGGCCUACCGUAUUCAGAAUGCACAUGGGAAGAGGCGAGAUUGUUGCCAUCGGAUAUGAUUGCGGCCUAUCAUCAUCGCAUCGCGAAUCUUCGGUCGCCCACGAAAAAUUCAACGGUUCUACGAAAGCGGCCGAAAUUUGAGAAGCUGGAAACAAUGCCCGAAUUUCUCAAGACGGCAACUUCUGGAGACCUGCGUGACUAUCAAUUAGAAGGAUUGAAUUGGAUGUUGUAUGCUUGGUGCAAGAACAACAGCUCAAUUCUCGCCGAUGAAAUGGGUCUUGGAAAGACAAUCCAAUCGAUUUCGUUUCUCUCGUCGCUUUUUCAUCUUUAUGAUCUUGCUGGACCAUUCCUUGUAGUUGUGCCGCUCUCAACGAUGGCCGCCUGGCAGAAAGAAUUCGACAAAUGGGCUCCUGAUGUGAAUCUCGUUGUUUAUAUGGGAGAUGUAGUUUCAAGAGAUUUGAUACGACAGUACGAAUGGUACGUUGGUGGCACGAAAAAGAUGAAGGUCAAUGCGAUAUUGACGACGUAUGAGAUUCUUCUGAAGGACAAGGCAUUCCUGUCGUCUGUCGAUUGGGCGGCUCUUCUUGUCGACGAAGCGCAUCGACUCAAGAAUCACGAAUCCCUUCUGUACAAAUGUCUGAGCCAGUUUCGGUUUAACCACAAACUUCUCAUCACUGGCACGCCACUUCAAAACUCGCUCAAAGAACUUUGGGCGUUGCUGCAUUUCAUAAUGCCGGAGAAGUUUGAUGAUUGGGACGACUUCGAACGAGCGCAUAACGACACGAACCAUAAAGGAAUUUCGGCGCUCCACAAGAAAUUGGAGCCAUUCUUGUUGAGGAGAGUCAAAAAGGACGUCGAGAAGAGUUUACCUCCAAAGACUGAGCAAAUCCUUCGAGUUGAUAUGACUGCUCAUCAAAAGCAGUUUUAUAAAUGGAUUCUGACGAAGAAUUAUCGAGAAUUGUCGAAAGGAGUCAAAGGAUCCAUAAAUGGAUUUGUGAAUUUGAUAAUGGAGCUCAAGAAGUGCUGCAAUCAUGCUUCGCUGGUUCGUCAAUACGAUCACAUCAAUGAAGACACUCAAGGAAGACUGCAGCAAUUGCUGAAAUCGUCUGGAAAAUUAAUUUUACUCGAUAAACUGUUGUGUCGUUUGAAAGACAAGGGCCAUCGCGUGCUCAUUUUCUCGCAAAUGGUUAUGAUGCUUGACAUUUUGCAAGAAUAUUUGCAAUUGCGGCGAUUCCCGUCACAAAGACUUGAUGGCUCGAUGCGGGCUGACAUUCGAAAACAAGCUCUUGAUCAUUAUAACGCUCCUGGCUCGAAUGAUUUCGCAUUUUUGCUCUCAACUCGUGCUGGUGGAUUAGGUAUCAAUUUGGCGACAGCUGACACGGUUAUCAUUUUUGAUUCGGAUUGGAAUCCGCAGAAUGACUUACAAGCGAUGUCUAGAGCUCACAGAAUUGGACAGACGAAAACGGUAAAUAUUUAUCGAUUGGUUACGAAAGGAUCCGUUGAAGAGGAAAUUGUGGAAAGAGCCAAACAGAAGUUGGUUCUUGAUCAUCUGGUUAUUCAACGGAUGGACACUACUGGAAAGACGAUAUUAUCCAAACCGACGAAUUGUAGUUCGGUUCCAUUUGAUAAGCAAGAGCUAACGGCGAUUCUUAAAUUUGGUGCAGCCGAGUUGUUCAAGGAAAAAGAAGGCGAGGAGCAGGAGCCCGAAGUCGAUAUCGAUCGAAUUCUCAUGGGAGCUGAAACUCGCGAGGCUGAAGACGACAUGCUGAAAGAGAAUGAGCUUCUGAGUUCCUUCAAGUAUGCCAACUUUACAUUUGACGAGGAGAAGGAUAUUGCGGCGGCGACGGAUGAUUGGGAUAAGAUUAUUCCCGAAAGUGAUCGCAAUAGGAUUCUGGAGGAGGAGAGGAUGAAAGAGCUUGCUGCAAUUAAUCUGGCACCGAGGCAAAGAACGAAAGCUCCUGUUGAGAUUGGGGCUGAAAAUAAUGGUGAUGAUGAUGACGACGAUGAAGAAGAAUCAGCUAAAAAGAAGCGAAAGAAGGGAAUCGGAAGUUUCACUGCGACAGAGAUUAAACGAUUCAUCAAGACUGUUAAGAAGUUUUCUCAUCCAUUGGAACGACUGGAAGCUCUCGCUCAGGAUGCGGAGAUUGAGGAACAUAGUAGUGAUGAGAUCAAGAAAUUGACAGAGCAGUUCCUUGAGGCUUGUAAGAAGGCUAGUGAAGAGUUUGAUAAGGCUGAGAAGAAUGGAACUGAUGGAAAAAAGGACACUGAGCGCAAAUUCAAAUUUGUGAACUGCGACGUCAAUCUGCGGCAGAUUGAGAAGUGCCAUCAGGAACUUGAACCUCUACACAAUGCGCUCAUCGAUGCUGACAAGGCGGCAACCUGGAAACCACCGCGGAACGCGAAGGAGCAGAAGGGUUGGGAUGUUGAUUGGACUUGGAUUGAUGAUGGUGCUGUUCUGUGGGGAGUCUACAAAUAUGGAUAUGGUAGUUGGGAGGCGAUCAAGAUGGAUCCGCAACUUGGGCUUGCUGAGAAGAUUUUCAUAAAGAAUAAGACGAAGAAGCCGCAGGGAAAGCAUUUGCAGCAGCGAGUUGACUAUUUAUUGAAGUUGAUGGCGAAGACGCCGAUUUCGAAGAAGGGGAUUGAGAGAAAACGGAAGCUGGAUGAGGAAGAGAAAGCCUCGCCGGAAAAGAAGAAGAAGUUUAAUAAUGAUUCGCAUGAAAAGAAAAAGAAGGAUAAGGAUCGCGAGAAGGAUAAAUCUGAUGAUAAAUUGGCAAGUCUCAAGGAUCAGCUUGCAGUUCUUUCAAUUGACAAGUCAUUGUAUGGAUCUGCGCUCGAUGAUAAGAAUUCCAAACCAUUUAUGGAAUGUGUCAGCAUUUGUCAUCCGGUUCAUAGGUAUAUGAAAAAACUCAAAGAAGCACAAGACUCGAAUAAUUCCAAUGACGAAGCCAAGUAUAUAAUACGACUUGGCGACGCAUUCGCUGAGAAUAUCCGCGUGAUUCUUAAAAAGAAGCCGAAAACGAACAUCAGAAAAUGGUACAAUUAUUUGUGGAUCUUUUUGUGCAAAUUCGUCGCUCGAGAGCCUGCCGAACUUCUUGAGCGAUAUAGAAAUUUGACAUCAGAGGUAUUUUGA